AUGAGGAAGAAACCAGGCCUGAAGCCUAGUUUAAGAAAAGUUAGAAUAACAUGGCAUGAUCCUGAGGCCACUGACUCUUCAAGCGAUGAAGAUCCUGGAUUCAUUGACAGGAGUCACCGCUUGAUCAGAGCAAUGGAGGCAGAAAUCAGAAAUAGCAAUGGGCCUGGUGACAAAAAGAAAGCUAGAGUGGCGUCUUCUAUUUACAAGGGCGUCCGAAGAAGGCCAUGGGGGAAGUAUAUAGCUGAGAUUCGAGAUCCAUAUCGAAAGAUUCGUAUAUGGCUUGGUACUUAUGAUACAGAAGAGGAAGUUGCUGCUGCUUACAAGAAAAAGGAGGAAGAGUUUAAGAGCAUGAUGGAAGUACAGGAACAUAACAGUUCUGUGAAUGCUUCAAAAGUAGUCUCAGAACAAUCCAAUGAUUUAGUUUCUUACCCUUCACCCUCUUCUGUGCUUGAUGUCUCCACUGCAGCAUCACAAGGUGGUGGAGUUGAAAGUUCAAUUAAAAAAGAAAGCAGUGAAGACAAGACAGUGAAAGAAUGCAAUGUGGGAAGCUUGGUGGAAAAUGGUUUUGAAGGUCUAUCUAUUCCUGAUCUUUGGAAGGAGCCAGUGCUAUCUCCAUGUAGUCAACAGUUGCUUGGUGGUGAUUUCUACUCACAAUUUACGAAUGAUUUUGAGCAGUUUCCUGAUACACAAGAAUUUUUUAUGGCUAAAAGCAGUGAAGAGGUGGUGGAUCUUCCAACCAUGGAUGGGAUGAUGGAUCUUCCAACCAUGGAUGGGGUGAUGGAUCUUCCCAACAUUGAACUUGAGACUCUUGCUUUUGUUGACGACAUACUCAACUUUACAUGUCCAUAG